AUGUCUGGCCGCAGAGAGGCCAUCCUGCCCCAGUCGCGGCAUGUACUGAAGAUCGUGUCCACGACUUGGAACCGCGUGGCCGAGGAUUUGUUCGACUUCGAAGCAGAGGACGUCACGACGCAGAGCUUUUCGCUCGCGCAGGCAGAUCGCUGGCCCACCACGUGGAUCACGAGGGUGGGAAACGUGGUCAGCCUCGCCCCGGCGUCGGAGCUGGCCAGCGGACCCGACUCCCGGGGCGUGAGCGACACAGGAGAGACCCUGGCCUGCUGCCAGUGGCAGGACGACGGCUCCGUGCACCUGGACCGCCCCGCUGCCGUCACGGGCACGAGGAGGCAGUGGUUGGUCAUCCGCGGCCGGGAGGGCGGCCACAGCCUGUCAGAGGAAGAGGUCAUCAAGCUCGGCUUUUUCAAGUUCCGCGUCCGCCAGCUGGUAGCUUCCGCUGAUGACGGGGCGCAGCCUGAUCUGAGGAUGAACUCGCCGGAGCUCGACCGGUCGGACAUCGACAUGGACGAGGUGCAGGAUGGCGACCAGCUGUCCUGCCGCAUUUGCUUGAUGGAGGGCUCAACUAGGGAAGACCCGCUGGUGAGGCCUUGCCAGUGCAGGGGCACGAUCGAGUACGUCCACGUAGGCUGCCUUCGCUUGUGGAUCGAGGACCGCCUGGACACUCGAGGUCGCGAGCACGGCUCCUACCACUGGAGGCCGUUGCCCUGCGAGUUGUGCAAGACCAUCUACCCGGCCUACUGCCGGUCCGUCCGGGAUGGAACUCGGGAGCCCUUGGUGCAAGUUCCCCAGACGGAGCCGCCUUACAUCGUCCUGGAGAACAUGACCAAGGACACCCACGUGCACAGCGCCCGGGGCCUCCGCAUCAUCUCGCUGGCGGGCGGCCGGACCGUGAAAUUGGGCCGGGGCAGCGACAACGACGUGAGCAUCUCGGAUGUUUCCACGUCGCGGCUGCACGCCACGCUGCGGUUCAAGGGCGGCAAGUUCGUGAUUGAGGACGAGAAGUCCAAGUUCGGAACUUUCGUCACCAUGAGGAGACUUCCGCCCCUCGGGCCUGGCAGUGGCAUGUCGAUCCAGGUGGGUCGCACCAUCCUGAGGCUCACCGUGCAGGUGCCAGACGUGGCCGCCCGCGGCUUGGCCGAGCAGGAUGACGUGAAGAGCGUCUCGACCUGCGAGGACACUGCUGGGGACGACGAGGAGAUCAUCAGCAUCUGA